AUUCAUUUUAAUACAGUUUUUGUAUGAUCAUUAGGCUGCAAAAUUUUACAAUGAAAGUAAUUGUUGAAAUAUUUUGUCUUACUUUAUCUGUGUGCUGCUGUAUGACAGUUCCAGUUGGUUCAUCUGGUUUAUAUUAUGAUGGGGCAAAUAUGUAUCGAUAUAGUUACGAAGCAGAAGUUACAUUAAACGAAGCAGACCUGAUGACAGAAGAUAAAGUACAUCGUAUGCACGCAGAUGUUGGUUUAAAAGUUGGUGCUGUGUUUCAACUAUCUUCAAGAUGGACGAAUCCAAACAACAAUCUCGAUCAAAUCAUUGAAAUGCAGUUUGAAGAAGCGGAAAUAUUCAACGUUAGUGACAGAAGAAAGAAAGAUAACAGUUUUUAUUCAACACGUAGAAGCAAAGCUUUAAGAAGUAUCAGUAAACCUCUAAUAUUCCGGUGGACAAAUGGACAGAUUUCCGAGUUGUAUGUGAACAGUGCUGAAACUGUGACAUCACUUAAUGUCAAACGUGGAAUGCUUGGUUUGUUGCAACUCCAAACACACACUGGUCAAAGAAAAGAGGAUGAUCCAUCCGGAAGUUGUCUUGUAUCUUAUGUUACUGAUGGAACUGAGGUGCAAAAAAUUAAAGAUGUUUCAUCUUGUGUAAAUAAAGAAGAAAGGUAUACAAGUAUGAACAAGGCACUGGGAGUUACAAGUGCUGCUACAAGUCGUGCAAUAUAUACUUUAUCUGGUGAUUUAAGCCACAUUCUAUUCGCUGUUGCUAUGGAAUCGCAUUCUGUUCGCGUUAAUGUCAAGCAAGACAUCAGUUUGUAUAUAGUUGGAAGACAAAAGCUUGGCCUACUUGAUUAUUCGCAACAAACCGCAAAAGUUUCAAAAACAAAAGAAGAAGCUUUGAAAAAGUUUGCAACAGAACAGAAAAAGGACGGAGCAAAAUAUGUUAAACAUUCAAUCGUAUCUGAGAGAGACGUAAGAGAUUGUGCAGAAGGUUGUCUGAAUAUAAUAGAAGUUGUGGACCAGUUUCACGAUGAUCUUACCAAGGAAAACAUGGCGAAUACGAGUUCAGUACAAGCGUAUAUAACUGCUGUACGGGCUGCCAGACAAGCUGAUCAAAAAACUUUAUCAAAACUAAUGAAACUUAAAACUAAUGAGGAUAUUAAAUUCACACUUAUUGAUGUAUUAGCUGCUGCACAGACAAGAGCUGCUCUCUCAGUUUUAAUGAAAGAAUUAGAUUUUGCCUCAACUGAAAACACAGGAUAUAUUGAACGUGCAUUAACCGGCAUAGCAUUUUCAUCUCAUCCAUCUGAAGCUGCUUUAAUUGAACUGACAGCUGUGUUCAAACAAAAGAUUGGAAGCGACAAAGUUCGAGAAACUGUGGGACUUACACUGGGAGCUGUUUUGAAUAAAUUCUGUAAUACUAAAGCUGAAAACUGCGAGUCUAAGGUAGCUCAGGAAAUUCGAAAUUUAAUUAAACGAGGCUUAAAAGAAGCAAAAACUGAAGAUGAAGAAACGAUGUACAUACAGUUUGUUAGAAACUCUGGACAACCAGAAUUUAUAGAACACUUGUUAAAAUUUGCCGAGUUCAGUGAAUUUCCACUGGUCCACCAUCUAGCAAUAUCUACAUUGAAUAUUUAUGAUGUACAGCAUCUUGAUAACAAGGUGAAAAAGGCAAUGGGUCGAAUUUUUCACCAAAACAAGUUAAAAUAUGAGAGCACAGUUCGUUCGGCUGCAGCUAAUCUUAUAUUAGUGGCGAACCCAUCAGAGCGCGAAGUUCAAAACAUAAUCAUGUCUUUAUCAUAUUUAAAAUCACGUGAACUUGCAAAUUUUAUUCUUGCAAGGAUAAAUGAUCUUAUUAAAACUGGCCAUCCGUCCAGAGAUGUUCUUGUUAAAGUUAUGACAAAUUCAAAAUAUUCAAACUACUGGACCUUAGCACAAUCAGGAAUGGCAUCUGCUUUCACAGGUUAUUUGCACAGAUUUUCUGACUCCUCUGGUACAUAUGCUUUGUUUAUGGAAUAUAGUAAUGCUGGUAUGAUGAGAAGGACAGCUGUUGACUUCAGCUUACAUAGUCAGAACUCAUCUAUAUCUCUGACACAACUUGGUAUCGUAGCACAAGGAUUAGAAGGUUUAACGGGAAGUACACCAGACGAGGGCGAGGAAGAGCUCGACUCGAUGGUUGGCAUGGCGUCGUCCAUGAUGGGGGUCAAGUUACGACCUUUGACCUUCUUCCGUGGUUACAGCAACAUGAUGUCCCUUAUAUGGUCGGGUAGCUCGGGUGAUCCUACUGGUGUUGAAGCAAUGUUGAUGCUCACUGAUUAUUUACAGCAUGUUUUACUUUCAUCUGGUCUACGAGUUAAAGCAGAAGUGAUGGGUGCCAUAUCUACCAAGAUAACUGCAGAGAUAACCUUCUCGUUGUGGAAUCGGAACGUGGAGAUUGUUACUACUAAUGGAGGUGCAUUAUCAGUGCAAUGCAGGUUGACAUUAGAAUCGCCCAUGAUUCGUGCAUCUGUACGUAAUGCACUUGACACACAAAGUGCGUUGGAGUUCUCAGUUUUCACUGACUUCUCAAGCUUGCCACCAAAGUCUUGCAUGAGACUCUCGUACCCUUCAUUAACAUUUGUUGAAACACUGAGAAAAUUCGAAAAAGUUCGAGGAUCUGAGAAAAAGUUGCUUGCCAUGAGAAGACAACAAACUAAUGUACAAGGUAUAACACUUCCAUUACAUCAAGGAAAUUCAGAAAUGUGUGGAAAAAUUCUAACUACAUAGAUAAGUAAUGUGAACUUGAAAUUGAGUGCUAUUACACAGCGAUGGUUGCUUUAGGUGAAGUCUUCCACACAGCAGUUUAUUAUUUGUUUUCGUGCCAAUGUAAUUCAUAUGCAACACUUUCAGGUGUGCUUGUUUAGAUUUUUUAAUAAUUUUUGUACUUUUGAAACAGUAUUUUCAGAUAAUUAAAAAAAUCAUAUUAAAAGUAUAGUAGUAGUGUAUUUGAACUGUGCUAUUCAGAGUAUUAAAAGAAUUAACUGGUUUCCAGUAUUUUGCAGUGCCAGUUAUGUGGUUGUUGCAAACUUUAUAUUAUGUCAAUCAAAUUACAUUUUGAUGUGUUGUGCAUUUCUAAUUUUUUAAGCUAUGAAAUUGGGUAAACUUUGUUAAACUGUAUUUGUUUAUAACAGCUACACCUUCGACAAAAAUAACUUCAUGUGUUAUUCUACUUCCGUAAUUGAUAUAUUCUGUGUUGCCUUUUCAAACUACCUUUCAUAAUAACUGCUGAUGAAUUCUAAUAUUAUAAGUUUAUUAAAUGUACCAAUGAUGCAAUGGUUUAUGAAAUACACUGUUAAAAAGUGAAGAUUGUUUCUCUGAUGUUCUUUUACAACAUAACGGAGCUUUGGGCAGUUUUUUAUAACAUAACAAAAUUUUCGGCAGUUAUAAAAUACACUGUUAAAAAGUGAAGAUUGUUGCACUGGUGUUCUUUUACAACAUAGGAGCUUUAGGCAUUUUUUUAAAACAUAACGAAGUUUUCGGCAGUU